ACUGUGGCAGGCUGGCAGGCAGCGCCGGGGCAGGGGCAGGGUUAGCGACACUCGUGGGAGGAGAAUGGGUGGGUUUGAGUGGAUCUAGUCUUUCCCCUCCACGCGUUCCGCUGUGCGCACAAACUGGAGACAAAGCGCAGAGAGCGGCUCCCCUCUCCAGGUGAUGCGCUGCCGGGCGAGACGCACGGAGAGAUUUUGCAGUGCUGCGCGAUCAGAUCACCAGGCGAGCCUCUGUCCGAGCGAGUGUCCACUCGUUGGACCUGUCACCCCCCCGUCGCCAACAUUUUUGAAGUGGCUGCCUCACCGGGUCGGUCGGGAGGCCGUCCGGUCUCUGAUCUGGUCCACGGAGACUCGGCACGCACUGUUGGUGCCAGGCUGUGCGCCUCCCGCAUCAAACCCGAACCGCCCCGAGUCCUCGCCAUGGACAUGAUGGAGGGAGACGUUAUGGACAAACUGGAGGACAUAGCGUCGGUGUACGACUUCGAUCCGAUCACGGGUAACAUCCCCGCCACCAAAGUGGAAAUCACCGUCUCCUGCAGGAAUUUACUGGAUAAAGACACCUUUUCCAAGUCAGACCCCUUAUGUGUGCUCUAUACACAAGGUAUUGAGACGAAACAGUGGAGAGAGUUUGGCAGAACUGAGGUGAUUGACAACACUCUAAACCCUGAUUUUGUCAGAAAAUACAUCAUGGAUUACUUUUUUGAGGAGAAGCAGAACCUUCGCUUUGACUUGUAUGAUGUUGAUUCCAAAAGCCCAGACCUGUCAAAACAUUCCACAGAACUCAACGACUUUUUGGGUCAGAUGUUCUGCACUCUUGGGGAGAUUGUUGGAUCACCUGCCAGCCGACUGGAGAAACCACUAGGAGGGAUUCCAGGGAAGAAAUGUGGCACUAUCAUCCUGUCUGCAGAGGAGCUGAGCAACUGUCGUGACAGUGCCACUAUACAGUUCUGUGCCAACAAGCUGGAUAAGAAGGAUUUCUUUGGCAAAUCAGACCCUUUCAUGGUUUUCUUCAGAAGCAAUGAGGAUGGAACGUUCACUAUCUGCCAUAAAACAGAGGUGGUGAAGAACACCUUAAAUCCAGUAUGGCAGCCUUUCACCAUCCCAGUGCGAGCACUCUGCAAUGGCGACUACGACAGAACAAUCAAGGUGGAGGUGUAUGACUGGGAUCGGGAUGGAAGCCAUGACUUCAUUGGGGAUUUUACAACCAGCUAUAGAGAGUUGGCUCGCGGUCAGAGUCAGUAUAACGUGUACGAGGUGAUCAAUUCCAAGAAGAAAAUGAAGAAAAAGAAAUAUGUCAACUCUGGAACAGUGACGCUGCUCUCAUUCUCCGUGGAAUCAGAGUUCACAUUCUUAGACUAUAUCAAAGGAGGGACACAGAUCAAUUUCACUGUGGCCAUCGAUUUCACAGCAUCUAAUGGCAAUCCCUCCCAGUCUACUUCGCUGCACUACAUGAACCCAUACCAGCUGAACGCCUACGCCAUGGCACUGAAGGCUGUCGGCGAGAUCAUUCAAGACUACGACAGUGACAAGAUGUUCCCUGCUCUGGGCUUUGGAGCCAAACUGCCGCCUGAUGGACGCGUGUCACAUGAGUUUCCACUGAAUGGAAACAUGGAAAAUCCUUAUUGCAAUGGCAUUGAAGGAAUAUUAGAAGCAUACCACAAGAGUCUGAAGACUGUGCAGCUGUACGGGCCGACCAACUUUGCCCCCAUUGUCAAUCAUGUGGCCAAGUAUGCAGCAGCAGUGCAGGAUGGCUCUCAGUACUUUGUCCUGCUCAUCAUCACAGACGGCGUCAUAUCAGACAUGUCCCAGACGAAGGAGGCCAUUGUCAGUGCUGCCAAGCUUCCUAUGUCUAUCAUCAUUGUUGGAGUGGGUCAGGCUGAGUUUGACGCUAUGGUGGAGCUGGAUGGAGACGACAUUAGGAUCUCAUCCAGGGGAAAACUGGCAGAGAGAGACAUUGUUCAGUUCGUUCCCUUCAGAGACUACAUGGAUCGGACCGGCAACCACGUGGUAAGCAUGGCACGGCUCGCCAAAGAUGUGCUAGCAGAGAUCCCUGACCAGUUUAUCUCCUACAUGAAGAGUCGAGGGAUCAAGCCCAACCCAGCCCCACCCCCCUACACGCCACCUGGACACGCACACCACUACACACAGAUCUGAAGCGUGCCCAUUCACUCUGACUGAAGCCUGAGUGCAUGCUCAGAAUGAAACUGCCUGCCUCUUGUCUCCGGUGCGAAAAGGAACAUAUUUGCUGGGAUGAGUGUUGAAUUUUUUGGCAUAGCUUCCCAGCAACUACUCGAGCCAUGUUUAGUCUUUUUAUUUUCUGUGGUCUAAGUAUUUGGCUGGUAUCUCUUGAAGAGAGGCUGAAAACAUUUAACGCACCAGACCUCGGUGAAAAACUUCCAGUCAGCGCUGAGGCAGUGACUGUUUCUCAUCUAGUCUGGCAGCAGGUGGUUUUAAAAAGUUGUGCUUAAAGUUUGUGCCUGUCUGUGGUUGUUUAUAAAACUGUGUCAGAACUAAUGAGCUUUGACCUAAGCCUUGCCCAACCUUCAUUAUUGUGGCCUAGAACAAUGUUUUGUUUUGUUUUUUAAAAGAUAUUCUUUUUUUCCUUCUGGAAUUUGAUUUUAUAUUUGGGGAUUAUUUCAAUAUCUAUUCUGUAAUUAUGAUGGUAUAAGAAUACCAAUGUGCAGCGGUUUAUUUACUACUCUGAGCAUUAAUUAAGAUUUUCAUACCAUCAUAGAUCAACUUGUCUCUUCUUAUUCAGUAAUUGUUUAUAAAAGCAUGUUGUAUGAGAAUUUAAUGCCCAUAUUCCAGUAUUUAUUGCCAAGUGUUAUGCAGAGUAGCAUGAAAAUUUGAUACAUUUGCUUGAAUUCACUAAGUUUUAUUCAGUUUUCAAUAAUUACCAAUCACUUUUAUGUAAUUUUAUAUAUCUUUCAUCAAAAGUACAAAAAAUAAAAGCCAUAAAAUAUACA